CAUGCUGACACCAUCACAAACCUACCGAACCAAAAUGAUGACAAGAAUGGGAUAGUGAACAAAAAUAUACUUAAUAUUAAAUUCAAUGAACACAUAAAAACUACAUUUGAUUUGAUCAUACUCGCAGACUAUCACGCAAUAUCUUCUAGGACCACAACACAUAGAUGCACUUGCAACUAAUUAGACUUUGUCAAAGCCGUGAUACUGCUACCUAAAUUUCCAAUUUCAAUGAAUUUAAUUUACAUAUGCGAUACUCAAAAGAAAUAUACAAAUCACUAGCAUACUGGUGUUUAAACAAGACACAAUAUAGUGCUCACAAGUGCUUUCUAGAGAGAUAGAGAGAAAGAGUUAUGGCUGUAACCGGGAUUGAGUGUGUUUCCUUCAAGUAUGUUUUUGAUCAGAUGGAUAGUUUGCUCAAAGAAGAAGCACAUUUAUUGGGACAACUGCGUUCAUCUCUUCAAGAUUUAAGGGGUGAAUUGGAUGGCAUGAGAUCAUUUCUAAGAGAUGUAGAUGCAGUAGGAGAAAGCCAUGUAAUGAGAACAGUGGCAGGUCAAGUAAAAGAAUUGAUUUACGAUACUGAAGACCUUCUUGAUGAAUCCCGCCACCAUGUCAGGCAUACUCAUAGACAUGGAUUUGUGGGCUGGCUUCAAAAAAAUCUUUACAACAUCAAGCAUUUGCCUGCUCAACACCAAAUAGCUAUCAAGAUUCAGGAUAUCAAAACACAGCUGCAAAGCAUCAUGUUGCGAAGAGAGAGAUAUGCUAUCAAUUUGACGGAUGAGGGAUCAAGCUCUAGAGGUGGAAAAGGUAGACUGCAUAACAGACAUGUGGCUCCACGUUUCCUAAAAGAUACUGAGCUAGUAGGCAUUGACAGGCCACGGGAAAAAUUGGUCGACUUCUUAGUGAACGGAGAACAAAAAUUGACAGUGAUAUCAUUGGUUGGCAUGGGGGGUGUAGGUAAGACGACUCUUGCAAGGAAAGUUUAUGAUGAUGAGAGAGUAAAGGGGUGCUUCCACUGUCAUGCUUGGAUCCCUGUGACACCCACAUUCACAAUCGAGGAGCUAUUCAAAAGCAUAAUAAGCAGAUUCCAUGAGAACAAGAGUGAGCCGAUUUCCAGGAGGAUUGAUGCAAUGGAAAGGGAUCAACUAGCAGAGAUGAUAUUUGAGUAUCUCAAGGACAAAAGGUACGUUAUUGUUUUUGAUGACGUAUGGCACAUUAAUGCAUGGAAUGAAAUAAAACAUGCGCUUCCUGAUGAUAACUGUGGUAGUAGACUUAUAGUCACAACCAGAAUCCGUGAUAGCAGUGGAGAAUCAUAUGGCCAUGUCUAUGAUCUUCAGCCACUCACUCAAUCAGAGGCAUGGCUCCUCUUCUGUAAGAAAACAUUCCAUUCCAUCCCCGAGGGAGUAUGCCCCUCUGGGAUAGAAGGUAUCUCUAAAGAUAUUGUCGAACUAUGUGGUGGAUUGCCACUUGCUAUUGUAGCAAUUGGUGGCCUUCUAUCAAAUAAGGAAAAAACGCCUAUUGAAUGGAAGAAAAUGCAGGAUAACCUUAACACUGAGUUGUCUAGGAAUGAAAACCUUGAGCACAUCAAAAUUAUACUAUCUCUGAGCUAUAAUGAUUUGCCUGAAGUCCUUAAAUAUUGCUUUCUAUACUUCAGCCUUUUCCCAAGGAAUUAUCCAGUUACUUGCAUUACACUAAUUCGACUUUGGAUAGCUGAAGGAUUUAUAGAAGGUGAGAGUGGCAAGACAAUGGAAGAAGUUGCAGAGGGCUACCUCAAUAAUCUCAUCGAUCGUAGCAUGGUUCAAGUGGCAGAAUCUUAUGACUACAGCAGGAUGAGAAGUUGCAGAGUUCAUGAUAUGAUCCACGAGAUCAUUCUCUUAAAGUCAGAGGAAGAAAAUUUCAGCAAAUCCCUGAUCAAGCAGAAACCUGGGAUGUGUAAAACAAUUAGACGUCUAUCAAUCUACAACACACAGGUAGAUGUUCUGCAAGACAUGAGCUUUUCGCACCUUCGAGCUUUGUUCUUAUCUGGGCCAAUGUCAAAGACUUGCAUGCACAAAUUCUUUUCCAGCUUUAAAUCAUUGAGGGUAUUGAGCUUGGCAGGUGCACCAAUCAAAACAUUUCCAGCAGAAAUUGGGGAUUUACUGCAGUUGAGGUACUUGAGCAUGAGGAAUACAAAGAUAAAUAAGUUAUCAAAAUCCCUGGGAAGGCUCAAAUACUUGGAAACCUUGGACCUCAAAGGAACCUAUGUAUCUGCAUUGCCCCUGAAGAUCCUCAAGCUUCAACACCUACGACAUCUUCUUGCUUAUCACUACAACACUGGUCGUGAUCCACCUUUCUACUAUACAUAUGGUGUGAAGUUGCCUAAAGGGAUCGGGAUUUUGAAAAAUUUACAAAAGCUUUCGUAUUUAGAGGUAAACAAUGACAGCGCAAUACUGAAAGAGCUGGGUAAUUUGGUGCAGCUGAAGAGGUUGGGUAUUGUGAAACUAAGAGAAAAGGAUGGGAGUAGUCUGUGUGCCUCCAUUGAGAAAAUGGAACAACUUAGUUCCUUUUCAGUGACAUCAAUUGAUAUACAUGAGCAUCUUGAUCUAAAACAUUUAAAAUCCGUUCCACUAUUUCUCCAACGGUUAUACCUAAGGGGUUGCUUGCAAUCUUUACCUCAUUGGAUUUCCUCUCUUCAAAGCCUUGUGAGGAUGCGUCUACGGGGCUCACGGCUGCACGAAGAUUCGCUAGAAGUUCUUCAACAUCUACCAAACCUAGCCGAACUCGCACUCAUCCAAGCAUUUGAUGGAGCAGAGAUAUGUUGUGGUCAACAAGGAUUUCCAAAGCUACAGAUAUUAGAUCUUGAACAUCUAGAUAAUUUGGAUCGUGUGCUGAUAGUGGAUGGAGCAAUGCCUAACCUUCGAAAGAUGAUCAUCAGGAAUUGUGAAAAAUUGCAACGAGUACCAAUUGGCAUAAGGCAACUGAUAAAUCUCAAAGAACUUCUUUUGAUUGAAAUGCCAGAGGUGUUUCUGAGAAGGCUAUAUAAAGAUGGAGGAACAGAGAGAUCAGAAAUUGAUCACAUCCAAAAGAUUCAAUGUUAUGACAAUGGCAAAUUGAUCGAAGAACUCUCCUGAUAUCCUACACACUUUUUGAUUUGAGAAGACUAAAGGAAUGACUUCACCAGUGUAAGCUAUUUCUUCUAUUCUUCUGAAAGUUAUUCCAUUCUCUGCACAAACAUAUUAUGCUUCCUAUAAUGAAGUUACAUUAAUUGAGUGAUCACAUGAUUGAUACUACAAUUAUACUGAUACUGCUGAUUUUUCCAACAUCUAGUAAUGCUAACUUUAGCUUUUAUUUUUCUCCAACAGGAUGAAUUUUCACAAUGGACUAAAGAUGUUUGCUCAAUCUUCAGUGUUACAUGCCAGUUGAUUCGAAAGAAUGAUAGUCUUUCAAAUGCUUGCAGGAAAUAAAGUUUAUACAAACAAAGCAAGCAAUGCAAAGUUUGGGUCAUGCUUCUCCAUUAAGCGAAAAAAUCAAAACAAAAGCUUGAGGAGUGAUACAGAUCCCUUUUGAUAGCAUUGAUAUCUUCAGCUCUCUUUCCAAGUCUGUGAUAUUCUUCUAUUAUCUAGAUAUCAAUGUUUGAGUGCCUUG